GAGAGCUGAAGUUGAGAGCUGAAGCUGAGAGCUGAAGCUGAGAGCUGAAGCUGAGAGCUGAAGCUGAGAGCUGAGGCUGAGAGCUGAAGUUAGAACUGAGGGUAAGAGCUGAAGCUGAGAGCUGCGGAAGAGAGCUUAAGCUUACCUACCUUCUGCUCUCCUUUCAAAAGAGUCCACCAUUCUCGCCUCAAAGAAGAACACUUUGUGAACCUUUGCGAUGGACGCCAUCUGACGUCACGCUUUCUAUCCAAGUGACGUCAUGAUAUUCUCCUGAGAGGCGUCGCGGUCUUCCUCCGAGUGACGUCAUGAUUUCUCCCUGAGGCUGCCCACGAGGAGAACCUCCGGCCUCUUCUCUCCGCCCCUUACAAGUCUGGCGAGGGAGGCGUGGGGAGAGGGAGGCGCUGCUACGGGAGUCCCCACCAUGACGCCCGCGCCCUCGUCGUGGGCGGGGAGAUCGCCUCGCGCCCUCGCCUCCGUCGUGGUCCUGCUCGCGCUCGCAGCCCAAGGUCGCACGGAGGACGAGGACACGACACAGCGAUUCAGCGUGACCCCGGAGAGCGUAGAGGUCAAGGAGGGCGACGACGUAUUCCUGCGCUGUAUCGUGGUCAACCAACAAGGCAACGCGCAGUGGACCAAGGAUGGCUUCGCUCUCGGAUUCGAGCGCCACGUACCCGGCUACCCGAGGUACCGAUACGCCGGCGACCCGAGCAAGGGCGAACACCACCUGGUUAUCAAGGGCGUGACGCUGCAGGACGACGGCGAAUACCAGUGCCAAGUUGGCCCUACCAUCACCAUCAAGCCUAUCUGGGUCGCCGCCAAUGUCACAGUCAUGGGUGAGUGUGCGGGUCCUUAA